AACAAGGGUAAUAUGCUUUAGUGGAGCUUUAGGGUGUUAUACCAACAAAAGAAAAAAGAAAAACAAUCAAAACGACAAAGUACAACGCAGAACAGCACGACGGCCAUAGCUGAGACUCUGCGAUUCUUCAACUGCCACUGCAAUCCCAUGCAGAAGGAAACUCCAUAACUGAAAUUCCCCUUUUGCUUGCUUCACCAUUCUAUCAAUUUUCCUGUCGAAUUCAUCGAAACCCUAAUGCGCAUCCUUCAGCAAUCAUAAACUCCUUUCUUUCUCUAAUUGGUCAGCUUCUGAGUUCUGCUCCUUCUGAUCUCCAAAGAGAAUGGUACCAAGUGAUGGAGAUUUGGCAAACACUAAGAGAAAAGCUGAAGAUAAAAUUGAGUUAGAAGGAAAAAGGAAAAAGAAAAAGAACCAAUUGAGUACUCCUCGUCCUGCUUGUUCAUGGGUGCAUUUUAGCCGAGAGUUUAUCAAGGAGUACAGCGCUUCGCAUCCUGAGUCAUCUGGCCUUAAAGCUGCCACAAAGGUAGCAUCAGAUGCUUGGAAGUCAAUGAGCCUGGAGGAGAAAGCAAAAUACACUAGGCGCGCUCGUGAAGUGUGGGAUAAUUACUUAAGCACAGCUCCUGCUCGUACCCCUAAGCCAAGGAAACAGACUAAGCUAGUCACAAGAUGCUCUCCUGGCCGCUUAUUCAAUGUGCUACAGCGCCUUACACCAGAACAAAAGGAUGCAGUGAAAGACCUGGGGUUUGGCAGCCUUUUGGGCCUUAGAUGUCGGACCCUGCGCCGCAGCUUGUGCCUUUGGUUAUUGCAGAGGUUUAAUACAACAGGACGCAGCUUGGAGAUUUGUGGUGACCGCAUCCCUUUAUCUCCAAAAGAUGUUGAGUUUGUGAUGGGAUUAGCAGCUAGUGGGAAGGAUGUGGUUAAUUCAGGGCCUGAUAAUUUGAUUCUAGAUCUACGCCGAAACUAUAAUGCUACAAACCGUGGGAUUUCAGUGAGCCUUCUAGAAGAGCGGUUAAAAGCUCCGGAAGCAGGAGAGGAAUUUAAGCGAUCAUUUGUCCUCUAUGCAUUGGGCACUCUUUUAUCCCCAACAGCAAGGCUGGAUGUUAGCCCUUCAUUUCUUCACUUCUUGACAAAUGUGGAUGUCGUCCAUCAGUAUAACUGGGGAAAGUUCUUACUUGACCGUCUAGUUAGGGAGGUAGCCCGUUUUCGUCAAGGAAAGCAACGGGCAGUGGGUGGCUGUCUUUUGUUUCUUCAGCUCUUUUAUUAUGAGACCGUCUCAGUUGAGGGACCUGGCUCUUUAGAGCCAGAUCCUGCUUCAUUACCUUGUUUAUCUUCAUGGGGUGAGGAAGAGAUUACUGAAAGAGAAAAACGUGAAAGAGAGCUUGGUGGCUAUGGUUUUGGAGAGGUAAUGUGCAAGGAUAGGUGCAUUGGUGUGAAGUCAUCAGAGAACAGGAGCCAUCUAGAUUGCACACCAACUGGGAAUAUGUGGAAUGGGAUUGUGCAUAGCUCCAUAUUGGAACAGGGUAGAUACCAGGUUGACAAAGAAAGAUCAAAUAAGGAUAUUACUGUGGAAGAGACAGACGCGCCAAACCUUCUCACAAGCAGUAGUAUAGUAUUCAGUGAAAUUGUGGUGGUUAGUGAACCAGUUCGAACACUCUGCCGAAACAACGAGUAUGGAUGCAACAGGAUCCUGGAUAACAAUGAUGAUCAUGAAGAAACAUGCAGCUUUUCACCUUGUGCAUGCCCCCUUCUGCACUGUAACUUCAUUGGCUCAUCUGAACAAUUGUCACUGCACUUCAGCGGUAAACAUUGGGACACUGGACGGCGUUUCAGAUACAACAGUCCGUUGUCAGUCUCCUUAGGGAUGAAUGAACAAUUCCUAGUUCUUCAAGCAGAAGAAGAUGGUAUUCUCUUUCUUCUCAGCAAGAGCACUGAAAGCAUUGGAAACACAACUACAAUAACAUGUAUAGGGCCAAGCUCAUCAAAGGAAAAGUUUUUGUAUGAUAUUAUAGCAGGCAGGGGAGUGAGCUCGCUUAGAUUAAAAUCAUCGACGGAGUAUUUUCCAGGCAGGGUGGAAGGCUUUCCCCCUAUGGAUUUUCUUUUGAUUCCGUUUUGUUUUGUUAGUUCUUCUGGGCAGCUAGAACUGGAACUUUGUAUAUGGAAUUCAACAGAACUAGACACAGAUUGCUCUUAGAAUUGUACGUUGUAAAAUCAGUGUUAGACUUGCAGCAUUGUAUAUUUUAUUACUUGGUGAAAAUGAUUAUAUCCUUAAUGUUUCUUGAAAGGAAAAUUACUAUUA